GGGGAGUACUGUAAUAACAUUUUGGUGUUGUACAUGACUUUUUUUUGGUCUAACCGUGUAACUAGUGAAAAAAUAAAGUUUAUUUAUGGAUAGCUUCGGACAGCACUUACAGUCCUCAGAGAAUCUACCGCCUUCUAAUAAUCCUUACGAUAAUAAAGCGUCUUCCUCAAUAACUCCUCCGCCUCAGCAGCCUCCCUUAGCAAGUUCGCAGCCACUUCCAUCUUCCCAGCCAGCAGGGAGUACGUUCCAGACUGACUGGUCUCAGUGGUAUCAGUGGCAGCAGUGGCAAUCUUUUUAUCAGCAACAGGGGUUCAACCUUCAGAAUCUGCAAUAUCCUUAUUACACAGUUCCUAAUCCACAAGGCUAUCAGCAAUAUUAUCCCACUAAUUAUUCUUCACUACCUCAAUUUUCUUAUUAUUCAUCCUUGAUUUCUCCCUUAUCACAAAACGCACAGCACAGUUCCCCUAGCAACACGGCUUCAACUAAACUCACUUCCUUCACUUCUGGGGUAGAGCAGGCAACUAAGCUCACUUGGCCUCCAAAACCAAAACAAUUCUCUCCUUCACUGAACAGCUCAGCGGAAAUCGCAACUGUCCCGACUACUCCUUCAGCCUUGUAUACUGUGGAUCGAUGUGGAGAAGAGUCCACAGAAAACAAUUUUAAGGGGAAAAAUACCCCCUCUUCCUUUAUCGAUAAUGCAAGCGGUUUGCCUAAGUCUUUGCAGAACUAUAUCACACGUGCUUUUUCGCACUGUGUGAAUGAUGAGGAUCGGGACAUCGUGCAAGAGCACCUCAAAGGACUCAUUCUCGACGCUCAUUGUUCCGGAAGUAUAAAUAAAAUUCAAUGGCAAAGGCUACCAAUCCCGUCUAUUGAUUCGUUAAGGCAGAGAAAUUUUAAGCGUAACGAUAGUACUAAUAGCAAAGGAAAAAUUGUUGCCGGGCCCCACAGACAUAAAAACUUUGAAAAUGAUAACAUUAUUAUGAGCGAAGUGUCGCUGGAAAAAAAUAAGUUUGGAAAAGGCGGGAAGGGGAGGAAGUCCAAAAAGAAAAAAAACGCGGUUUUGAAAACAAAAGAAAAGAACGAAAUUAUUUUUGAUCAAGAAGUUUUGCAGAACAUCGAAUCUCGGGCUCAGCGCUUUUUAAGCGAGCAUCAGAGCUACCAGCAAAAGCUAGAAGCGCAGCAGAGCCAAUUACGACUCGCGCUUUUCACAGAAAAUCCCGAAACUCCUUUGGAUAGCAACCUCGACUGGAAAGAAGCGCACAUUACUGGUAGUUGUAUUGAACUCGAAAAGAAAUACUUGAGACUUACUUCGGCCCCUGAUCCGGCCUCGGUCAGGCCGCUUUCCGUUUUAAAGGAAUCCUUGAAAUUAGUAAAAGAAAAAUACAAAAACAGUUCCAACACUUCUGAGCAGUAUUUAAGCACGUGUGAGCAGCUGAAGUCCAUUCGGCAGGAUCUCACGGUUCAAGCAAUUAGAAAUGAAUUUACGGUGAUGACAUACGAGACGCACGCCAGAAUCGCGUUAGAACAGUGCGACUAUUUAGAGUUCAACCAAUGCCAAAUCCAGUUAAAGCAACUCUACCAGGAAGGAAUUGCUGGUCACUACGCAGAAUUUCUUGCUUACAACAUCCUUUACCUCAUCUACACCAAUUCUAUUUCUGCCGCGUUGAAAUUGCUUAUUAACAUACCGGAAGACCUGGCGGACGACCCGGCUGUCCAGCAUGCCUUAGCUUGCCGCGCGCAUGUGUCUGCUGGAGAUUAUCACGCCUUGUUCAAGCUCUACACCAAGACCCCUAACAUGGGCAUCUAUCUUUUCGAUGCGUUCGCAUUUCCUGAACGUAAGAAAGCCAUGAAAGCUAUGAUGAGCGCUUAUCGGCCAGUCAUAGCUGUGCAGUUUGUAAAAGAAGUGCUCUCAUUUGAGGAUGAAAACGAGUGGGAUGAUUUUCAAAAAAAUAUAGGCAUUAUUUUUUCCGAAAAAGAUAAUAACUUUAUUGACUGUCUUGAAACUUUUAAGUCCAUGCAAAAGCUUAAAGCAGAAGAGAAGGAUGAUUCUAACCUUUAGACAAUUAUUAAUAUUUAAAUAAACUUCAUUGUGAUUUU